UUCCUCAUCUCUUGCCAAAAAGCUACCUUCUUGCACCAGUCAUCACCAUGUCGAUGGCCCAGAGCGGCAGCUCGGACCCAGCGGCGGCGGCCGUGGAUACGAGCACCCACUGGGCGCCGCAUGGCGCGGUGCUGACGGCGUGCGUCGUCGGGCUUAACUUGCUCGUGGUCGUCCUCGUGUUCGUCUACUUUUGGCGUUUCUUCUCCGGGAAGCGAGGCCCGCCGUCGACCUCCCUCGCCGGCGCCGAUGAGGAGUCGUCGUCGGCCGACACGUCGCCUGCGGGCUCCCCGAGGGCGUCCUGGCGCCAGCUGCCCGGGUGGCCGGCGGCGAGCCAGCGGAACGAGGACAUCGCGUCGUCCCUGCCCGUGUCCGUGUACUCCGCCUCCGAUGUCGACGCCGGCGGACACGAUGGGAAGGCGCCGGAGUGCGCUGUGUGCAUCGUCGAGUUCCGCGACGGCGACCUGGCCCGCCUCCUCCCGCGCUGCGGCCACCGCUUCCACGCCAAGUGCGUCGGCGCGUGGCUGCAGCUCCACGCCACCUGCCCGCUCUGCCGCGCCAGCGUGCUCGCCCCCGCCACCACCGCCGCCUCCGAGUCCGAGCUGGCCAAGAACGACGACCAACCAAAGGACGACGCCGCCGCCGCCGCCGUGGACGAGGAGUGCCCGGUGUGA